AUGGUGACCAUUACAGCUUCUUACACUAUCAUUCCAAAUCAUUCAACUCCCAACGGUCGUUUGUGGCUAUGUGAUAAUGACCAUGUAGGGAGUCCCAGUCAUACAGCCACUAUCUACGUUUACAAAGCAAAACACAACCACGAAGUCAUUGAGAGGAUGAGAACCUCUCUCAGCCAGAUUUUAAUGCAUUACUAUCCAGUAGCUGGCAGAUUGAGUUGGACUGAAGAAUGUGGUAGAUUGGAAUUGGAUUGUAAUGCAAAGGGAGUUAUAUUGCUUGAAGCUGAAACCACUAAAACAUUGAAUGAAUAUGGAGACUUUUCACCCACUUACCCCAUCAAGGACCUUAUUCCAACCGUUGAUUAUACUCAACCUAUUGAGGAGCUUCCGUUGCUGCUUGUGCAACUCACAACAUUCCAUGGUGACCAAAGCCUUGCCAUUGGUGUUGCUAUCUCUCAUAUUUUGUGUGAUGGGGUUGCUGCUAUUCAAUUCAUAAACUCAUGGGCAAAGCUGGCUCGUGGAGAUACAUUAGCACCACAUGAUAUGCCAUUUCUAGAACGAACAGUACUCAAAUUCCCACACCCCACAUUAGCACAACGCUUUGAUCACCCUGAGUUGAAGCCUCAGCCACUCAUACUAGGAACCUCUGACUUCAUUAAUGAGCAAAAGAAGAAGACAACAGCUUCAUCAUUGAAACUCACAUCAGAGGAAGUUGAGAAGCUGAAGAAGAAGGCCAAUGAUCAAUCCCUGAAAGAUGGGACAAAACCAUAUAGCAGAUAUGAGGCUGUUGCUGCACAUAUAUGGAGAUGUGCAUCGAAAGCUCGUGAACUUGAUGAGAAUCAACCAACUCUGGUUCGGACCAUUGCUGAUAUUCGCACUAGACUGAAUCCACCUCUGCCUCGAAAUUACUUUGGGAAUGGUUUGACACGAACAGUGACAACAACAUGUUAUGUUGGAGAAAUCAUAUCAAGCCCAUUGAGUUAUGCUGCUAAAAAGAUAAGGGAAUCACUUGACUUGCUUACAAAUGAGUACAUAAGGUCACAACUAGAUGUUAUUUUCGAUCAGGAGAAACUAAAUUUCUUAAGGGGUUUCUUCUUGGGACAAGGAGAACGUAUGAUAGCCCCAUUUUUUGGGAAUCCUAACCUUUUGAUCGUAAGCUGGAUGAGCAUGCCAGUGUACGAAGCAGAUUUUGGGUGGGGAAGGGCCGUGCAUUUUGGUGUUGGAUUCUUGGCUCCAGAUGACAGGGUAUGGAUUGUUCAAAGCCCAGAAGGGGAUGGCUCUGUUAUUGUUUUUAUGCACUUCCAGAUAGAAUGUAUGCAACUUUUCGAGAAAUUCUUCUAUGAGGAUAUAUGA